UGCGUCUUGGCGCUCGCGACACUGCGUCGGCCCUCGCCCGCUUGACUCUCACCGCUUACUAUCAGCUCAGAGAGGCUGAGUUCACUCUCUCGACCCUCACCAUUCUCCCUCGGUGACCAGACAUGGAGAAUCAAAACAUCGACUUUGACGGCACCCUUUACGGCGGCGUAGAGGGAGGGUUCGACCCAACCUUUGACCCCAACCGCCAAACCUACACCUUCUCCCAUCAGACGUGGCCGCUGCCCAUCUCCCCCGGCACCAUGUCGCAACAGCAGCAGCAGCAGCACCACCAACAGCAGCAGCAACAACAACAUCAUCAGCGACGUAUCAACUCAAUAGCCGGGACGACUGCGCACAACUCGAUGCCGACUACCACUACCAUCGCCCCUCUCCAGACCGUCGGCCUCGGUUUCCCUACCGCAAUGCAGCCCAUGAACCCGAUGCUGGCAACCUGGAUGAACAUCAAUACCGAUGCCUUUACGCAGGAUAGCUAUGGCCAGGCUGCCAUGGGCAUGUCGUCGGGCUUCAACGCGACAUAUGGUGGACCAUUGCAAACUUCGCCCGUAGACUUUGGUAUCAACACGUCACAGGCCUCCAUGAUGACCUCGAUGGCCAUGGCCCCAUUCAGCCUCAUGGCCUCGGCGGGCAUGGACCUACCACCCUCGAUGAACACGGCGCCAUUCCAAAUGGCCGACUUCCAGCAAGAGUUUACCAACAUCCCGGGUGCCCAAGACUUCACUGCUGCUUCCCACGUGGCUACCGCCAACAGUGCUUCGACAGGCUCACCGGGCGAGCAAUGGAUGGAGAUUCGCUCUCUUUCAAGUAGCGACAACGGGUGGGUCGACGUUGGACACCGCAAUUCCUACGACUUCUCCGACAACUCGGCCAUCAUCUUCAACCCCGCUCAAUCCCUCCACAUUCGCACAAAUUCAGACUCUUCAAAUUCAAACAACUCGGACGUUCCCCCGUCGGCCCAUUCCUUCAGCAGCUUUGAAGAGAUACAUUUUCCCAUGAACUCGCCCCAGUCCGAGACGGACAACAACUUGGAGUUGGUGCACUCGCACGCCCACUCUGAUCAUUGUAACCACAGCCACGGACUUCCCAUUGAACCCGACUACACCAACUACAUUUCCCCCAACCAGUCGGUGAGUCCACCACUGGCGCGCGCAGAGCCUAUCCAGAUCAAGCAGUCGGCUUCAAGCACGGCUUCGCCAACCUCGUCUGCCGUCAGCUCGCCGCCAGCUCGCCGCAGAAAGUCACCUGUCGGGGCGAUACCUGCCGGAGCGAAGCCUGCAAAGACCAUCGUGAAGAAAACACCGGCCCAUACUACCAAGAAGGACGCUACCGGUGAAAAGCGUGUCGGUAGGCGGCGGGGUCCUCUGCGGCCAGAUCAGCGACAACAGGCCCACGAAAUCCGCAAGCUUCGGGCUUGUCUGAGGUGUAAGUUCCUCAAGAAGACCUGUGACAAGGGCGAUCCGUGCGCCGGCUGCCAGCCAUCCCACGCACGUCUUUGGCAGGUUCCGUGCACGCGCAUUGACAUCAAAGACAUCGCCUAUUUCAUGAAGGAUUGGAAGGCGGAUUAUGAGCGUCACGUUAGCCUCGGCUUCUCCAUUGGCAACAUCAAGGGCUUCUCGCCACAGGAGCGCAUGAUUUACGUCACUCACGGCUACGGUCACUUUCUUCCCAUCAUGGCUCGCGAGGUCUUCGUUCGUGAUGAGAAGUGCUUCGGCGUUGACUGGUUUGAGAGCCUUAACGGCCUCCACUUCGAGAUCAACACUGCCAAGCUAUCUGCCGGUAUGGAGGGCAUUUCACGCGCCAUGCUAUCAGACUACCUCGACCGUCACAUAGACGGUGGUUUCGAGCAGUUUGUUGACGAGUACUUCGAAGGUACCAUGUUCGUUACCGAGCUUUUGAAGACCGCUUAUCGCUUCUACUGCCGAGAGAAGCUCCCCGUCAUUCGUAAGGCGUUGAAGCUUGUUCUUGCCUACAACCUGACCCUCCACGUUACCAUGGUAGAAGGUCUUGGGGAGGAAGACAGCCCGCUUGGCAAGGUUGAGGACCAACAGUCUAAAUUCUGCGGCAAGACUGUCGCGCCUGUCAUGAUCAACUUCCAGGUCAAGUGCGCUCUUGCCGACAUGUGGCGUGAGCUUCAGAAGGACGUUCUCGAGGAGCUAUCUUCCCUCUACCAGUCAGUCUACAGCGGUGACAAGCUCAAGAAUUGGCCCACCAUCUUCAUGCUCGCCGCUAUCCUUUUGGCAGUUUGGGAGCUCAUUCAGUUCGAUUGCAACUACCGUGUUCCUGACCUCGGUGCCGUCAAUAAGUUCUGCUUCGAGAUGGAAGGCACACCGGUCGGUGUCAUCGUCGGCCUGUUCUCGGCUAUCUCCCAGAAACUGCCAGCAUUUAAUGAGUGGGAUUCUCGAAAACAUCAUCACUUGCUGAACUCCAACCCCGCGGUGUGCGACGCCAUGACAGAAGUCCGCGCACACGUCACAAAAUAUGAGACGUAUUUGCGAUCAAGAAGUGAUUGCAAGUUUGAUCGUUCCGACUUUGACUCAUUGUCGAACAAAUUCCUCUCCAAACUCGUCAUUCGAGCCAACUGAUGUUUUCGUCAAUUCCACCAUCUCGACAUCCUACCAUCUUAAUCUUCAGGUUACUUAUCCUGUAUUCGACCUGCCCUUCAUUUCAUUCACCGCGACAUCCACCCUGCAGCUUGCUUUCACGAAUGACUCGCCUGCAUUUUUGCGAUUCCCCGACAUCUAUUGGAUGCCAAGUUAGCGAUCUAUCAGUAUUCGGCGCCCAACGUUCAACUACUCACACUCUUUUCGGACGACACCGGAGAGUUUCAUAUGAUCAUAUGACUUUUAUUUUUGCGAGUUCUUCACGGCUGACGAUGGUCCACGAUAUGAUGGCCACGACUCUUGAAUUUUUUUUUUGUUUGCGAGCGGAACAGGAUCGUGAUUCCUGGUUCCUGCUCUUUCUCAUGAUGCUUGCUGUAGAAGAGAGACCUCCGAUGGUCGCACACCUCUCU